AUGGGGAUCCGCAGACCCCUGGGUGUCCUCUGCGCAGGAUGUAACGCGCAGCUUGCUAGCAUUCAGUAUCCCAGUUGUUUUGCAGACGCCCCGGUGGUCGCACAUCAACUACGUACUGAAACGCCAUCUGAUUGUAGGUGUCGGAAUAUGCAUUUAAUAUGGGCGUGGAUAUUGGUCGUGUGCACGGUGUCAUGUUCUACUGCGGAGCGAGGGUCAUCACUUCGCGGUGCCCUUGAAGCCUUGCAGCGACGACAGCGUGGCCGCACGCACACACAGUUCGCCAACCCUGACUAUGAUUCCGUUUAUGAAUAUGUUCCCCCACAAUCAUAUCCUGAUUAUGGAUCUGAAUUAGAAGAGAGCGAUGAACAAACUCCGAAAUAUAUCGUCAAGCUACUCGAAGAAAAUGAAAGGCCUCCAGAAACUUAUGAAUACAAGAUCAUCAAAAAGAAUCCUGCUUAUGAAGGGUACAAUAAAAAACAGGAGUCGCCAUUCCGUGAGAGGAGUCAACAUUUAGAUAAUGACCAGCUUCGUGAUCUUUUUAUGGAUAGGAAUACAAACGAAGAAAAUAAUAAUAUCAUAAAUCCAAAGGAAGAGAGUGAUGCCGAGUACGCCCUGCUGCUAGGUCAACUCUGGUCGAAAUACAAGAAUAAUAAGGUUCAACACGAUCUUGAUGACAAUGCUGCUCAAGGCGUUGUUAAAUUAUACAAGGAGAAAAUUGUGAAAAAACGAUAUCCGAAUAAUUGGGGACCUAUUGCUUUUAAACGGAAACGCAGCUCGGAUACAGAUUUUGAACAAUCUCUCCUCAGGGAAAAUCAAAAAAUUAAAAAUUCCGGUGACGGAUUGGAACCGGCUGAUUCAAAUUACAAUGCAUACGUAGUGUCUGAUGAUGACAAGGAUGAUAUUCGAGAAGAGUACGCUAUUGCGUUUCAACCUUUGGAUGAUGAUAGCAUAACCGACCUAGCUGAUGACAGUCAAUAUACAUACGAUGCUAUCGAGAAACGGUUCCCAGUGUCGAAACGUAGUAGCAGUCCCUACAAUUUUAAUAGUCAAAAGAAGAGAUUUGUAACAGAUCAUGGCAACCGGGACAAAACAAAUACAUUCAGGAGCAGUUCUGGAACGGAUCCAAAAAUAAUCAAAGACCUUACAAAAAUAUUUAGUGAGCCAGAAGAGGAAAUUAUUAAAUCGCCAGUUAAAAGGAGCAGUGAACAUGCUGAAAAUCCACAUGACACUAAACCACCCAUCGUCGCAAUGACUAGCCACAAUCAUACAAACGAUUAUCGCAAUAUCUCUUUGGAAGAAGACAUCAGUCACGAGAACCAUGGACGUAUACACCCACCUGGAGUUUCCGGAAAAGAAGUAGGUCAUGAACAUCAUGAUCAUGACGACCACAGCCAUGAUGAUCAUACACAUGAUCACACACAUGACCACUCACAUGAUCACUCACACCACGAACACAUCGACGUUGAAAACACCGAAGAGAAACCAAUAAAGCUUAAAAAGAAGUCUAUAGACUGGUCUGAUUACUUUGGUAUUGAUAAACGAUUGAAAAAAUCCUUUAAUGGUAAUAUUAACGAAGAUCGCCUAAAGAAACAAUAUUUUGACACAUUUAAUAAGGAAGUAGUAUAUCCCUUAAAUUCUUUCCGAUCACACAACUACGCUAAAAGAAAUUAUAUGCCGCAGAAGAACAAGGAUAUCCCUAUGAAUUCGAUGAAUAACGCACGCUCUCUUACAAUGCUAGAAGAAAAAAGAUCUCUUAAUUCGGAAUCUAGUGAUGAAUCAAAAUUAGAUAAUAUCGAUAAAAAAUUAAAGAACAUGGAGGGAUUAAUCGUUGACGAAGCUUUAAACUACUCAAAUAUCGGCGAAGAGCUAGAUUCAAAAGAAGAACAAGAAAUGAAGGAAAAAUCUGCUUUCUCGUUUAGCAGCCGCUUACAGCUUGGAGAAGAUGCGUAA